GCAGUAAGUGAUUCAUACAAGGAACAAGAGACAUAGUGCAGUGCAACCUGUUAAUGUGAAAAUGUCAAACCGAUGGAAUAGCAAGAAAGAGACGAACGGAGGAACACACAGUGGCAAAAGAAUCAAACCAGACAAAGACAGCAAAUUACACGACCGAAAGAAAAAUGUGACAGAUUCCAACGCACAGAUACAAAAACACAUAUACACACACAAAGCAUAACAGACACAUAAUCGUCGAAUGAAAUUGCUCCAGAUAAAAAAUGUUUUCAUGAAUCGCAAUACCUAAACAUGAGCACGAAAUAGCGCAUUAUUAUUGUUCUGAAAUUAUUAUUUCAUAUCAACAAUCAAGCAAAUGAUUUUGAAUGUGUGUUUCUUUUUGUCUAAUCAGUUUUGAUCAGAGCACGAAGCAUUUGUUUGUUCGAGAAGAAUUGUGCAUGAAUCACGAUUUGAUAGUCGUAUUAAAAAAAAAAUUGUCAUCUUUUUGUUCACAUUUGGAUUUUUCGUUUCCAUUCGGAUUAUUUCACAACAGUAACAGUAACAGCAACAGCAGUAGUAGCAGUAGUGAUAAAAAUUCUCUCCAUUUGUUUUUCGUAUUGAAACGCGACGGAGUUUCCCUCAUUGCGACAGUGCACACGGAAAUAUCGUGAUAAAUUUUCUUUAGAUAUUUUUACAUUUUUUGUGUGUUGUGUUCUUUUUUGUUUGAGUACGCGCUUAGAUUUGUGAGCAAAAUACACUCGAAACGAAUGUAUGGGCUGUCAAAUAACGAAAGAAGAAGAUGAAAAAAAAAGUGAUCAGCAGUCAAACACUGAACACGCCACAGAUACAAUGGCGCAAAAGAACACAGUUGCAACCGAUUAUAAAUCCCGACUAGAAUGGAAAUUAUGUUUGGCCAAAGAAACACCCGAGCCAGACUACGAUUUAUCCGAUUGCAAUCUAAAAGACAUUCCGUCUGGUGUGUUUGUAUUGUGCCGUGUUCUACUCAAAGAACGUCUCAAUUUACAGAAUAAUCAAUUGCAAUCGUUGAAUGGAGGCGGCUCACUGACAGAUUUAAGCAAUUUAACACAAAUCAAUUUGAGUUUCAAUCGAUUAACACGAGUGCCUGAUGAAUUUUGUAACACACUUAAAAACCUCAGGGAACUAUUUCUAUCCCAUAAUGUAAUCGACAUUCUACCCGCAGCCAUAAAUAAAUUGACCAAUUUAGAAUUGCUAGAUGUAUCAUACAAUAAAUUAACGCGAAUCGAUCAAAUCGGUUUUAUGCCGAAUUUACGCAUUUUGAACAUUACUGGGAAUGCUAAUUUAACGAAAUUACCUAUACAACUUACCACAUGCGAUAGUCUGACCGAUCUGGUACUUGAUGCUGAAUUCAUUUUAUAUCCAUCGAACGAUGUUAUCGAACGCGGAACGGUAGCAAUCCUCAAAUAUUUACACGAACAAAAUGGUCCACACGAAGAAACGCUAAUGAACAAUUCGAAUAGAAAAACAGUCGCACACAAUUCAGAAACAAUGAACAAUAUUAAACGAACUACAGCCAAUAUGCUGGAGGUGGAACGGGGCCGAGAUAUUGUGAGGGAAAUGAACACAACCAACGAAAAACAUUCAAGUUCAGCUAAUGACAAAUAUUCACGCGAAAAGAAAUUCAUGGAGCGCGAACGAUCGGAAUUGGAAAGAUAUUCGAAUUUGGAGGCCCAACUACAUCAACAGCAGUUGAAACGUAAACAAGACCUAUUACAACAUUUGUUACAACAACAAAAUGAAUCGGACACCCUGAUACAACGAAUGCAGAAGGAAAAAGACUCGGAAAGACAGAAACUAAUCGACGACAUUUUAGAAGCGGAGGCAAAUGCUGGAAUGAUUGUUGACCAGUUAAUAUCGCUGAAGAGUGGCCCAGACCCAGCACUUUUGGAACAAGAGCAAGAGGAGCAAAAGCAACUGCUUGAACAACUUCGCAUAAAUCACGAUGAUUUACGAAAGCGUGAUAUCUUGGCUGCAAUGACCGAACUGCUUGAGAAUGAAACGAAACAAAUUGAAAUGUACAACGAAAAACGCGAUAGCACUUCAAAGACAUUGCUUGAGCAUGAAAACAAUACAAAUCGACUGUUGGACAACCUGUUCAAAAGUAAUGAUAAGGAUCGAGCGGCUGUUGUAUCGAAAAUCACUCAGGAUGAAGAAUUGCAAAAGGUUGCGUUCGCUGCAUUGAUCGAAAAGAAUGAUGCCAGAACAUGGGGACUGAUCGAACAAGUGCGCAUUGUUGAGUCUCAGCUAGCGUCGAUGACGAACUGUGAAAUUGAACGCAAAAAAUUGCAUUUGGAUGAUCAAAUUGUUGACUUGAGUGAGCAAAGAUUAAAAUUAACCUAUGUACUGUUGGAUUUAUUGGAACAACAAUCGAAACGAAAGCAUGAACUGCUCGAUACACUGCUCUGCCUUGAAUCGCAACGCGAGAAUGAGCAUCAAGACUUUUGGUUGUUACAAUACCAAAAAUUGCUGGAUUCACAGCCCGGCGAAUUAUCAUUUCGUUCGACCAGCAUUGAUCCAAUGCUUGGAUAUAAUUUUUUGGUCAACGGUGUGGUGCAUUGCAUUCCGUUUUUAUCGAGAUUAUGGCAAUCGGAUAAUUUUAACAUGGAACAUAUAACCGAUACCGAUUUGAUUGAGGCUGGAAUAAAAAAUCGGUCCGAUCGUGAUAGAAUCUUGCAAUCGAUCCGAGAUUUCCUGAAAUUAGAGUCGCCACAAACAAAAGAAGCAAUAUCACAACCGCCCACAGCACCACAAGCACACGCCGCUUCAAUUGACUCGGACGAACCAUCCGGAACGGAAAUGGAAUCGGAAUGCGUCAUUUGUAUGGAAGAGCCUUGUAAGGUUAUAUUCGUGCCAUGUGGUCAUCUAUGCUGUUGCAACAACUGCCAUACAACCAUCGAAAGUUGUCCAAUGUGUCGUGCAUCAAUCGAGCGACGCAUCAAAAUCAUCCAAGCCUAGAAUCAUUCCCAAUUUUUGAGAAAAGUUAGUUUUUUUUUCUAAAAAAAUAACAAAAUAUAUAAAUUAAGAGAUUUUUCCGUUUGCGAAUAACUAAUCGAUUUACUUUCUCGUUUGUGUAGUGAGACAAAAAAAAACCUCUUUGAAUAUUUUACAAAAUGUUUGAUAAAAAAAUGCACUUGCAUUUGUUGCACAAGAUAAAAAAAAAAUUUCAUAUAUUUCGCCCUUUUUUUCGAUCAAGAAACCUAGUCACAACGAUUUUCAUCCUAUAUAAAUUAGAAAUAUAUUUGUAGUUGAACGUCGUUUUUUUUCCUCAAUUUUUUCUCAAAUAUUUUCUUCAGCAAUGAAUUACUAAUUAUGUAUACUGCUAUUAACAAAGAUAAAAAAUAAGAAAAAAAAAGAAUUCUAAAAUGUUUUAGCACGAUGUUUGAAACAAAAUAAAGACGAAACAAUCCAA